AUGAGUGCCUAUUGUCAAGAACUCAAGGACUUGUCGGAUAAACCCUCUAAUGUUGAUGCAGCCGUAGACGAACAAGACCUUGUCCUCCAAACCCUUGCUGGCCUUACUGAGCAAUACGAAACCGUAGCCACCAUUCUCCAAAACACCAAGCCCCUGCCAUCUUUCUUUGAGGUUCGUUCCGAGCUAUGCAUGAACGAAACCACGAAAGCCAAUCAAGGCCUCCACUCCGCAUCCCAAGCCGCCACGGCGCUUCAUACUCAAAGCCGACCUGUUACUUCUUCGGCCACGCCUUCCCCACCCACUGUUGACACUCGCUCCGAUCACACACGGGGCUGUGGACGUUCCAGCGGACGUGGUCGCGGCAAAUCUUCUCCCUCCACCGGUCGCGGCAGGCCUUCCUACUCGACCCAAGCCCAGCACCCAUACAUCGUCUUCCCCAAUAACUGGACAAACAAUCAAUGGGCCUCUCUUCUAAAUCAGGCCAAGAUAUACUAUCCACAACAAAGCCCAAUGACGCCCUGCCCAUACCCGUCCCCCCCUAAGCCCACUAAUGGCCAAGGCAUUCUUGGGCCGCGACCGGAUCAGGCCCACAUGGCUACAUACAGCCCAACACCUACUAAUAUAGCCCAAGCCUUCUAUACUCUAUCUAUGGGCCAGCAACCUGAACCAGUCGGCAUUAUGGACACAGGAGCAACAGGACAUAUGCAACAACCAGGUAAUGGUACGACCAUCCCGGUACUUGGACAAGAAAGGUACAAAGCGAGGUUGGUGUGUGAUGGUCGUAGUCAACAGGUUGGCGUCGACUACGGUGAAACUUUCAGUCCGGUGGUUAAACCCACCACUAUCAGGACCGUUCUCACGUUGGCACUAUCGCAGUCAUAG